UUAGUGAUUUUAGUGAAUGUCACUUUUUGUCAUUUUCAAAUUUCCCACCGUUCCGUCCCCCAUACGUCCCUACGCUCGCAGGGGAUGGAACCACAGAUGACAGAUGCCGGCAUCCGCCAGAUUACAUUGCCAGGGACACUGCAGGAGGGACAUCGCGGGAGCGCAGGACAAGGUAAGUCGUGGAGCAGCGCCGCAUGGUAAGCCCGAGUGUAGCUCGGGGUUACUGCUUGUGGUACUGAAACUUUACCCCGAGCUACACUCGGGAAUACCUCCAGGGAGGUAGAUGCAUUAAGUUAAAGGAGUUGAUUUAUUAAAAUGGAGAGUGCAAAAUCUGGUGCCCUGCAUAGAAACCAAUCAGCUUCCAGUUUUGUUUUGGCAAAGCCUACCUGAACAAGCUGAAGUUAGAAGCUGAUUGGCUACCAU